AUGGGUGGAGGCCCGUCGGACCAGCAGGACCGCCUGCUCGUCGUGCUGCCCAUGCCGGAGCCGAAGGCGGAGCUGGCGCGCCUGCGCGAGCGCUUUCCCCGUCUCGACGUCGAGUUCUACCAGGUGGGGUCGUUGAGGGCGGGCGAGGCGACGGGGCUGGCGGAUGUGCCGGAAGAUGUCUACAAGGACAAGAACCUGCUCCUUACGUUUACGAAUCUGCCCAAGAGCCUCGACGAUGCGCCUAGGUUGGAGCUGCUGCAUUUGCCGUCGGCGGGCUCCAAUCAUAUCCAGAAGCAUCCGCUGUACACGGACACGGAUAUCACGAUCACGACGAGCAGCGGCAUCCAUGGUCCCCAGUCUUCAUAUCCCCAUGCUCCACUCCACCCCACGCCAGUCCAAAAAUCCUCCCGUUCACAUCUUCCCCCCCGCCUGGUCCAGAUCGCCGAAUGGGUCCUCAUGACCACGCUCGUCCGCUCGCACUUCUACGACCAGUUCCACGACGCCCAGAAGGAGCACCGCUGGGCGCGCUACCGCUCCGACCAAACCGUGCACGACCUCGUCGGGCAGCGGCUGGGCGUGCUCGGCUACGGCAGCAUCGGCCGACAGGUCGCCCGCGUCGCCAAAGCCAUGGGCAUGGACGUCAUCGCGUACACCGCCACGCCCAAAGACACGCCCGCCUCGCGCCGCGACAAGGGCUACAUUGUGCCCGGCACGGGCGACGCCGAGGGCGCCCUCCCCUCGGCGUGGUUUUCCGGCCUCGAGCGCGCGGAACUGCACCACUUUCUCGCGCAGGACAUCGACAUGCUGCUGGUGUCUGUGCCGCUGACGCCGCAGACGCGGCACUUCCUGGGCGCGGAGGAGCUGCGUGUUUUGCGCGCCGGCAGUAGCGGUAGCAACGGCAACGGCAACAGCAACGGCAGCGCCAGUGGCAACAUCAAUCGCACCAAAGCGCCCUUCCUAAUCAACAUCAGCCGCGGGCAGAUCGUGCAGCAGAGCGCGCUCGUGCAGGCACUGCACGACGGCACGUUGGGGGGCGCCGCGCUCGACGUCACGGACCCGGAACCCUUGCCGGCGGACGACCCGCUCUGGAGCGCGCCCAACGUCACUAUUACGCCGCAUAUUAGCGGCAAUGGCGCCGCGUAUUUGGAGCGCAGUUUUGCGAUUUUGAGGGAGAAUCUGGAGAGGCGGGAACGGGGGGAACGGUUGCUGAAUGUCGUGGAUCGGAGGAGGGGAUAUUGA